AUGGCGGACGAAGAGGAGCUUGUGCUUUGGCUCUUAUUAAUCAUUAUUUUGCGCAGGCAGAGACAAUACAGGAACAAUAUCGUUCGAAAAAGAAAGCGAUUUUGUUUUCGUGAUAUCUGUCGACUUCGAGCAGCUUUGGGAGAGUAUAUUAACUUCGUCAGGGAACUACGACUUGGUGAUCGUGAAUUCUGCUUUCGGUAGGUUUCGAGUAUUUUAACUUUUAAUUUCGUAAUUUUACAGUCAAAUUCACACGUUUAAAUUACGGCUAUUUGUGCAUUUUGGAAAGAUAACAAAUGCAAAUUUCUCGCCAUUUCGAUAUAUACGCAUGACGCCAGAACGCUUUGAGCACUUACUGAGUUUGGUUGGACCGCGAAUUACCAAAACAAAUACAAGGAUGAGAGAGGCUAUCAGU